AGGAGGAGGAAACAUGGUAAAUGGGGUGACAUUGGUCGACGGGUGGGUCCGAUCCGGCUGUCCAGCAGGUGGAGAGCGUCGCGCCUUUCCCGCUCCACUUUUUAUCACACUUCGUUCUUCUCUCCUUAAAAGACAAACGCAAACUGCACCGUAACGUAACGCCAUGGCUGACCCGAUCGGCCGACCCGACCCCAAUCAUCAUUGCCCCAGCCGGAGGAAGCGUCUACAAUACGCCUUCGACGCAGCCGGCUCACACCCUUCUGACGACGGAGAGUCAGCCACCGCUACCCACUCGGGGAGCUCUGUCUCGGACAGUUCCGACUCGGACGGAGAGUCCACUGGCUUGGCCGAUCUGGCUGCCAGUUUCCAAGUCUUCUCGGAGUCUAUGUUGAGGAUGGAGCUUGCCGAGCUGGAGAUGGCCAAGGCCAGGGAAGCGCGGCGCUUGGCCGCGGAGAAUCGCCGAGCCGAGCUGGAAUCCGAGUUGACUCAGAUGUUGCUGCAGACUCAGGUGCAGAUCGCGUCGUAUGUCUCGCGCUCGACUCCGCGACGGAAGAGAAAGCGCUCCGACGAAGACGACGACUAUUCCUCCACCUUUGACAGAUAAGCAGACAAGCGAGUAGGGCAAGUUUUAACUAGGUAAGUUGGUCAAUUUGCUUGAAUGCAGGGAAGGAGCUAUGUUGCUGAGCCUGCUACAGUGCAAUCUGAUCUGAAGGUCUUCUUCGUAGCUAAAAGAACAUCUACUGGAACGUAAUGUAACCCAACAAAAUACUUGAUUUUUUUUUUUUAAGCUAUGAAAUGCAUGUAAUUCGCAUAUAUAUGGUCGUGUCUCAGCUCGAUUGAGUUCAUCCCUAAAAGGCAUAUUUCAGCUCAAUCAAAUGUUACGGCACAAGGGACCUGCACCACACAUCCGCAUGCAAUCAAAAGCCAGAAAUCCACCCUCGUGAUACACAACCACCCCAAUUGGCAGGUCCCAAGCUGGCAACCCUCCUAGAGUUGAACUAUUUCGAAUAGAACCCACCAGUCUCUAAUACGAGUAUCAUGUCAUGCCUCAUCAGGGACAGAUUUGGGCGGUUGCGCUCUGUGUUUUAUGCAAGAUUUAAGGGUGAAGUAAUUAAUAAUAAUGUUAUUUAUAGCUCAUCAAAAGUUGUUUAUAAUAAGAUUGGACAGUCUCAAGGCAAGCAACAAAGUAUCAAAUUCAACCUCAAAAGGUCUAGCCUUGGGUAAGGCUCAUUCUACACAUGCGAGUUCUCGUUCUUUGACACUGAAUUAAUCUUCUACAAAGAAAAACAGAGAAACAGAUUGACAAAAUUAUUGACCAAGAUGACAUGAACAUGCAUCCUGCCCACUAACCAAACUCGUACUGUUUGACCAACAUGCCGGAUUUGUGCCUAUACAGGAAGAUGAUGAUUAGGAAGCAGUCAUGCCUAAAUUAAAUUCCUUCAGAUAACUGCCCCUUGUGUAGUAUCUAAUACCAUCCUUUUUUUUUUUUUUUUUUGCCAAGUAUAUCUAAUUCCAUCCUUUACGGAUUCAUUUACACACUCUAAACUGGCUUCCUGUUCGACGAGAUGCUGAGAGAACCCAGUGUCCUGACAUAUCAAUCUUCAUCUACCUUAACCUGACCUUUGCUUAGUAACCAGGUAAAAAAAAAAAAAAAAACCUGACCUUUGCUUAGAGCUUGAAAA